AUGAUAAAGCAUUUUUUUAGUCCAGCUGUUAUUAAACUUGUUGAACAAGGAAGUUUUCAUGGUGAAAUACUUGAUGUUGGUUGUGGCCUUGGUGAUAAUGUACCUAAAGCAAUUGAAGUUGCUGGUGAAAAAGCUCAAAAAGUCAGUGUUAAUAUUCAAUUUAAAGUUAUUGAUAUACUUAGUGAUCUUUCAACAACAUAUUUAAAACAAAGGUCAUAUGAUAUUAUUCUUGAUGCGGCUAUUUUUCAUGUUUUUUUCAAAUGA